UAUGAUGCUCCGCUCUUCCAGGCCAUCCAAGCUUGACAGGCGAGCCUACCAGAUCCCGCCACCGCCUCUGAGGUAUGUGGAGAGGGGUGCACGUUAUGCCGGCGGUUGAUCAGGUCAGCACCAGGUCAGUCAGAUCAACGGUAGCCUGGCAGUCCCAAAUUAUGAACCCUCAGAUCCCAUCAACCUCCCAUCUAAUGCCCUGAGCAACAUCCUCCAGAUAGGCAAUUGAUUUUCUCUGGUAUCUUCGAUGGCAUCGACUUCUGCUCAGUACUGUGCCUCAGUCGACCACACUUUGGGGCCCUAUGCUGGGGAACACUGCAGAGGGGGAUUCGAUUUUACUCUUCUUUUCGAGGAAGCCAUCCUCUCGAUAACGCCAAUUGCUCUUCUUCUUUGCAUUGCACCGUUUCGAAUCUUCUAUCUCUGGCGGAAACGAACCAAGGUCUCCCGGUCUCUACUGUUACCCGUAAAGCUGAUAACAUGGCUGUUUCUCGCCGCAUUCGAGCUCGCACUCCUCGUGCUGUGGGUGGGCCUCUCCACCUUCAAGAAUCGCGCUGCCGUUCCCUCAGCGAUUGUCAGCUUCGUCGGGGCACUACUCCUAUGCCUGCUAUCAUACUUUGAGCACCUGCGCUCUAUCCGAACGUCAUUCCUCUUGAACGUCUACCUUCUCGUCACCGUCGUUUUCGAUGCAGCUCGUUCUCGGAGUUAUUCGUUGGAUCCUAGCCUGGAAGUGAUGUCCGUCCUCUUCACGACAAGGGUUGGAGUUAAGCUGUUCCUCGCGAUCUUUGAAGCGAGGGGGAAAAGGAGUAUCUUGCUCCCGGAGUUCGCCGACUGUCCUCCAGAGGCUACAGCUGGCGUCUAUAGCCGUGCACUGUUCUGGUGGCAGAACUCGUUAUUCAAGAAAGGCUUUUCCAACGUGUUAUCGGUCGACGACCUCUUCCAUCUCGAUAAACAUUUGUGCUCGGAACAUCUGCAUCACAUCAUCCAGACUUCGUGGGACACAUUGAGCCGCAGAGGAUCAAACUCGCUGUUCGCAGUCACGCUGAAGAGGCUCAAAUGGGACGUCCUCGCUGUGGUACCGCCACGUGCAUGCCUCACGGCCUUCAAUUUUUGCCAGCCGUUCCUGAUCCACAGGGCCGUCACCUAUUCCCAGCAGAAUGACACCGACCAGACUGCGCACAUCGGGUACGGUCUAAUUGGCGCCUAUGUCCUAGUCUACGUAGGUAUUGCGGUCUCGACAGGGCAAUACCAACAUCUGACAUACCGCUUCAUUACCAUGAUGCGCGGCGGCCUCAUCUCGAUGCUUUACGGCAAAGCAACCGACAUCGCGUUGGUCGACGUGGACCCAGCAAACUCGAUAACUCUCAUGAGUGCUGACAUCGAACGCAUUGUCCAGGGUAUGCAGACAGGACAUGAGAUCUGGUCCAACUUCAUCGAAGUCGGCUUGGCGAUCUAUCUCCUGGAGCGACAAUUGGGAGUGGCUUGUGCUAUACCUAUUGCAGUUGCCGUUGUAUCGCUGUUGGGGUCCCUGGGCGCAACAAGCCUAGUAAUGCAACGCCAAGCGCUGUGGCUCGAGGCCAUUGAGCGACGCAUUGCGGCCACCACCGCGAUGCUAAAUUCCAUGAAGGGCGUGAAGAUGUCUGGACUCACCGACGUAUUGAGGGGUGACAUACAGCAACUCCGCAUCGACGAGCUCAACAUAUCGAAAAAGUUUAGGAAGCUUCUCAUUGUGACCAUGGGCUUCUCCUACAUCUCGCCCGUUGUGUCGCCCAUCCUCACUUUCGCCGUCUUCUCUGUGCUUGCGCGAAACAGCGAUGGCCGAACGACGCUCGAUACCGCCACGGUCUUCACAUCGCUAUCGCUCUUCACCUUGCUGUCGGAACCCCUCGGGUCGCUGAUAAUGGCGCUUGCUGCGUUCAUGGGCGGCGUCGGUUCCUUUCGAAGGAUACAGGGGUUCCUGACCGCAGAGACCAGGACGGAGAAACGUAAGUUACCCUUCCUCCGCAGCAGCAUCGGUUCCGCUUCAGACCUGGACUACGAGUCCGAUAAGGGUUCUGAUUCUUCCCAAAAGAGUCGCUUCUCCCUUGAGAUACGGGACCUGGGCUCCACUGGCUCCCUGGCUGUCAUCAUCGAGAGAGGCCACUUCGGGUGGGACAAGGAGAAGCAGACGGGUGUGUUACAGUCGAUCAACAUGUCAGUACCACGCGCCAAGAUUACCAUGGUCGUGGGACCAGUGGGCUGCGGCAAGUCAACCCUGCUUAAGGCUGUCCUGGGUGAGCUUCCGGUUAUGGGUGGCACAGUCCAGGUGUCGUCCCUGCGUAUCGCCUUGUGCGAUCAGACGCCGUGGCACGUGAACGGUACCGUGCAGCAGAGCAUCGUGGGCGUUUCCGAUUUCGAUCAACGAUGGUAUGCAGCGGUAGUUCGUAGUUGCGCAUUAGACGAAGAUCUACGCCAAUUACCUCAGGGGGACCAGACCCAAAUCGGAAGUAAGGGUAUCGCUUUGAGUGGGGGACAGAGCCAACGUAUUGCGCUCGCCAGAGCGAUAUACGCUCAGAAAGAUAUCGUCAUUCUCGACGAUGCCCUUAGUGGGCUCGAUUCCCAGACGGAAAACCGGAUAUGGCACAGUCUCUUCGGCCGCGACGGUCUUCUACGACGUUGCAGGACGACUGUUCUCAUCGCUUCGUCAUCUGCUAAGCGUCUCCCUUACUGUGAUCAUAUUGUCACUCUUGAUAAGGACGGUCAGAUAGUAGAACAGGGCAGCUUCGACAAACUCAACAGAGCCAGUGGAUAUGUCUCCAACUUUGACCUUCCGCCGCCUGACUGGGAUUUUGCUCCAGAGAAGCAUCUCUACGAAGCUCCUCCGAAGUAUACCGAGCGCGCAAACACCAGCAAAGUCACUGAGGAUGAUAUACAAGCCGAGACGAACAGGCGCACUGGUGAUGCUGCCAUCUACCUCUACUAUGUGCAAUCUGUCGGAUGGAUUGCGACGUUGAUCUUUGUCGUCUCUAUCACAAUCUUCAUUUUUGGUCAAUCGUUCCCAACGAUUUGGGUCAAGAUGUGGGCCGAGUACAACGAAGAUUUCCCGAACCACCGACUUGGCUACUAUCUCGGCAUCUACGGGAUGCUUGGUGGUUUGGCGAUUACAUUCCUCCUGAUCAGCUGCUGGCAAUUAAUCAUCACCAUGGUUCCGCGCUCCGGCGUUGCCUUCCACAAGAAACUCCUUGACACCGUUCUUGGCUCUCCCAUGUCAUUCUUUUCGACAACGGACACCGGCGUCACGCUCAAUCGCUUCAGCCAGGAUCUACAGCUGAUUGAUAUGGAGCUUCCAGUGUCAGCUCUCAACACUUUCGCGACCUUCGUUCUCUGCAUCGGACAAAUGGCUCUCAUCGCCGUUGCCACUCCCUUCGCAGCCAUCUCCUUCCCCAUCGUUGGCAUCAGUGUCUACUUCAUACAGAGAUUCUACCUCCGCACAUCGCGCCAACUGCGAUUUCUUGAUCUCGAAGCGAAAUCGCCACUUUACACUCAGUUCAGUGAGAUGUUGGACGGAUUAGCUACAAUCCGCGCAUUCGGGUGGCAGAGCUUCCUCGAAGAGAAAGCGAAGGCACUGCUCGACCGCAGUCAACGCCCAUUCUAUCUCCUCUUUGCCGUUCAGCGCUGGCUGACACUUAUCUUGGAUCUAAUCGUUGCGGCUGUCGCUAGUAUACUCAUCAUUCUUGUUGUCGCAUUGAAAGGCAGGCUGAGCGCAGGCUACGUCGGUGUCGCAUUGCUCAACGUCAUUCUCUUCUCGCAGAGCAUCAAGCUCCUCAUUUCCUUCUGGACGCAGCUGGAGACUCACAUCGGCAGCGUUGCCAGGAUCAAGACCUUCACGACAGAUGCUAUCACCGAAGACCUCGAGGACGAGGAUCAGACGCCGCCUCCUAACUGGCCGAGCAACGGUAAGAUCGAGUUCAGGGAUAUCACUGCCUGCUAUCGGCCAUACGAACCCGUCAUUUCCAAAUUCUCACUUACCAUCAAUGCUGGCGAGAAAGUUGCCGUCGUCGGCCGUACUGGAAGCGGCAAAUCCUCUAUGGUCGCUUCUCUUUUCCGCAUGAUCGACCUUUCCGGUGGUAGCAUAACAAUCGACUCCGUCCCGUUGCACCGUAUCCCACGCCAAGCUAUUCGCUCCCGCCUCAUCGGUAUCCCCCAGGACGCAUACCUCUUUCCGGGCUCCGUCCGCCUCAACGCGGACCCUCUCAGACAGAGCAACGACAAGGCUAUCAUGCAAGCGUUGAAAGACGUACAGCUGUGGGACAUCAUCGUUGGCAAAGGCGAUGAAAGCAAGUAUGCCCAUCCGCUCGAUGUCGAAGUCGACGAUCUGCACUUUUCACAUGGUCAACGGCAACUAUUCUGCCUCGCGCGCGCGUUCUUGCGGAGGGACAAGGGCAGUGUGGUCGUGCUCGACGAAGCUACCAGCCACCUCGAUCAUGCCACCGACACACAUGUGCAGAAGUUCCUGCGCUCUAAGUUUGCCUCUCACACUAUCAUCGCGGUGGCUCACAAGCUCGACACAAUUCUUGACUUCGACAAGGUCGUCGUCAUGAACCAAGGUCAGCUCGUGGAGUACGGCGAGCCGUACAGGCUGCUGGAGCGCGAGGGUAGCUGGUUCAAGUCGCUGUACGAAGACGUGGCGAGGAACGAGGGACCUGAGGCGAACGACGAAGAUAUUUUCCAGAUCGCACAGUAAGCGCAUGGGGCCGUCAUCGGGGUUUUCGGUUUCGCAAAUUGUGU